AUUCACAUGGCAACUGCAGAUAACGAGAGGUAUGUGAGACAUAUUUUGCUGCUCGGUGAGGGUGGAUUGCUCGUACUAAGACGACUAGUAGAACGAGAAGCAGCAGCAUCUGGACAACUCCUCGAAGUAAUACUUUUGAAGAACAAGGCACUCUUUAAAAAUAUACUGCCUGAGCAAAAAAAGAUACUAUUCCCACCGCAUGCUCCAGUGAAUGCAGAUGUUAACACCUGGGAUAUGACCAUACUAAUGAUAGUGGUGAAAAGACUGUUCCUGAAAAGUCUGAAUUCUCAUGAUAGGGCUAGCAUAUAUGCUCUACAAACAAAUAGAAAUGACAUACAAGGACACCCAACAGAAAUGAGUAUAACAGCUGCUGACUACGCCGUUUAUAGAACUGAUGUUACUAAUGCUCUACAGCAGCUCGCUUCCGGUAUUGAUCCAAACACCCUCGACGAGGUUGACCGCAUAAUAUCUAGGACGGGCUCGGGAAAUAUUGAUAUACAGUCUGCAAUAAGCAGCAUACAGGAACUCCACGAGUUCAAAACGGAUUUACUGAACGCAGUAAAUAGUGGCUUUGACAUUACUAAUUCAAAAAUGUCAGACGUCGACUGUACGGUAAAGGAUGUUCGCAAUCUUAUAAUGGGUUUACACAGAAGAAUGGCUAUUAACGACAGAAAGCAGAAAACUGGGGAAGCAUUACAGACUGUCAUGCGAGCAAAUUGUGACGAAAAGGAAAAAGAAAAAGAGGCUAUUAACUUACUGUUUAACUUUGUUGAAGUUAUUCAGGGGAAGAAUGAAUAUGAUGAAGAACAAAUCAAACGUAACAUAAAAUCAAGAAUUAUAUGGAAUGGUGAACUGUCCAUGAAGUUAAUAGAUGAUCUAUGUGAAAUGUUUAUGGACAUGGCAGAUAUUCCAGAUGCAAAACCUGGACCUGCAAGACUAGGAUCCAUUCUGAUACCAAUGCAAUAUUCUUCACUGACGGGGCUGUUGGAGGUUAUGGCCUAUAUGGAUGGUCACCACUGUCGAAGCCACCUCUCUGCCAUUUCAUAUACAGUCGGCAACAUUUUGGGUUUCUCGUGUUCAUUUUCAUGGACAGUUAUAACCCAGGAUUUACAAGAUGUUAUUGAAACAAUGUCGGGACAAUUGGAAGCAGGGGACAAAUUGUCUGAAUCACAGAGUAUAUUACUACCAUUUCAAAGUACGUCACUGACAGGAUUGAUUCACGUCUGGAGAAUGUUCGGAGAAGGAAAGAGAAAUCGUCACCUUGAGAAAAUCUCAGAGACACUGUCGAAAAUUGUUGGAGCUCAAAUUAGUCUAAUGACAUCUGUUGACUUAGAUCAUUGUGUUGAAGCCUUAUAUAAAACAGAGAGACCUUGCAUAAAGGAAGGGAGCACCGAAAUUGAAACAAGUGGAAUGUUUGAUGUUUCAACCUCUCUAAAAGAGACAGGAUCCACUUCAGAAGUAGAAAAUAAACAAGAGCAAGAGCGUUUAAAAAGAAUACAGGAGAUGGGAUCAACUUCAGGAUUAGAAAAUAAACAAGAGCAGGGGCAAUUGAAAGAAGCGCUAUCUGAAGUUGUAGCAGAAGAGAAAACCAAAAAUGAUACUGGUGAAGCGGAAGUUGUAUCGACUUCUCAGAAAGUGACAGGAUCAACUUCAGAUGCAACAAAUAAACAAGAGGAAGGGCGUUUAGAACCCAUACAAGAGAAAGAAUCAACUUCAGAAUUAGAAAAUAAACAAGAACAGGAUCGAUUCAAAGUUUCAGACGCUGUUAGCAGUGGAUGUAUACAUCCGUUAGACCUUGAUCUGCAAAGUGUCGUUUCAAAGAAGUGUAGAUGCAGUCAUUAUACCGUGUCCGUAAAAUGCUGGCCUAGUGUCUACAAAUCACAGCAAGUUAUUAAAGAUUUGGGCAGAACAUGUACGGACUUUGAAAACAUGUUUGGAUUACCUGAGCAACAACAAAAAGAUCUAUUAGAGAUAGACAUAUACAUCGGCAGCAAUGUAGAAAUUAAUUUUACGUCUUUGCUUGUGCAAUGCGACAAAUCAGAAACGAACUUCAAGGGAAUAGAGUAUCUUCGCGUAUCACAAAGGGAUAAGCCAGACGAAUCAUUUUCAUUUAGAGAAAAUUUCCACGGGAUAUACAUUGACAAGGAAGGAGUGAAAAUUGUAGAAGCAAUAUCGUCAGAUCAAAUAAAUGUUGUCGUACCACCUAUAGAGGAAAAAGAAUCAUUUGUUGAACAGCCGCAUCAGUUUCAGCUGCAGCGGACUAAAGAUGAAAUAAGCGCCAUUCUCGAGCUUGUCGUAUUUGAAGUACUUACUGUAAAAUUCAACAUCUUAAAACAGCUGUACGAACAAAGGAUGCACGUACCAUUCAAAGACGAAAGAGACGGCAGUCAUGAAUCAAGUUUCAGCCAACUAGAAGUACAUCACAAAGACAAUUUAGAACAACUGCUUGGGGAAAUAAUUGCGUUUUUCAAACGGAGCUCUUUACCGGAAAACAAACGCCCGGUCGGCCUCGACUUUGAGAAGAAAGAAGUUAGUAAAGAGGUGAUAAAACAGCUGUUUCGUCUUGAUGAAACAAUUCGAGGAUGUGGAUACAGUCAAAGUUCAUUUAAUGUAAAUGUUGAAAGACUUUCCGACGAAGAAAAACAUAUAGAACGCGAGAAACACAUAACAGAUUUCUUAAAAAGAAAUGGUAUUACCAAUAUAAAAUUUAACAUCAUCUCCAAAACAUUGGCAGAAUAUAAACAUGAAUGUGCCAUGAAAAGUGUUUCUGAAGCCGCAGAACCAAGCGUAUACCAUUAUGGAACGCUUGGGGGAUUUGCAUCCUUCAGUAAAGAGACAGAAACCACUUCAUGUGCGCUUUUCUCUCGGCACGUCGCAUUGGGUUGCAGUUCAAAAUUGUAUGUCGAUGGUGAGAAUGGACAGCCGAUCGAACUAGGAGAGAUUUUAGAAGAUACAUUAAAGGACGGAAUGUACGAUAUAGCUGCUGCCAAAAUACACGACCAUCAGGUUCAACAUUGUGACGUUCAAUUCAAGAACUCAAAAAAUGUUCCACUUCCUGGAAAACUUCAUACAAAAUCAUCUUCUAUCGAUUUACAGGAUCUUAAAGUCCACUUGUGGGGAGCGACGUCGCGUCCAGGACUUGGAAUUAUUAGAAUUCCAGAAUUAAGCUUUCCUGGAACGACUGAGACAUACAUGCAAAUAGAAGACAGAAAUUCAUACAAACGAAUGGCUGUUGAAGGUGAUAGUGGUGCCAUAGUUUGUGCAGAUGAUCUUGAUGACAAACACGUCCAUGUUAUUUCAAUGCUGAUAGGUUCGAAUACUGACAAAGAGAAACUUAAAGAUCCCAAUGUGAAAAGAACAUACAUCGCUUUACCUAUACAGAAAGGCGUCGAAUGUUUACAAAUGCUGACAGGUGGUACAUUUUCGCUCAAAGGAGUUAACAAUGAUCAUCAAAAUUUGUUACCAAAAUCCUACGACAAAAUACAUAACCCGAAUCGUGGUUUGCAAACUAAUGCAUAAUUUAAGCUAAAACGUCCUUUUGGCCCCACUUCCAAAUGCCAGGAAUAUAUAGAAUAAUACCUGUACAGGGAGAAUGGAGUGUGAUGAAAUGUCUCAUAAGGUAAUACACAUAAAUCGCAUGAAGUCAUAUUAUAAAUCAUUUUAUGUAGUAAGUGUGUUUUAAACAUAUUUUACCAUUCUUUAUUUGCGUAUGCAGACGGUAAUGAUAAAAUAUUUUUGUCAGUAUAUCAAAGAAGUGAAUAAAUGUAUAUAACAAAUAAUGUCAUCUUCACGUGAAAUAGUUUACCUUCCAUUCACUGUAGUACUAGCAUAACAUUGUACGGAGGUAAAAAACGUCAUAUUAAAAACGCCAUGUUUUGUCUUCCUUCUAAAUUUCACACCUUUUAAAGGGAAUUCCUAUAGUUUUUUAUGCGCAUCUUUCUGCGCAGCCGACACUUUCUAUGGAAAACUGAACUGAAGUCAACAUUUGUCAAAACAUGUUACAGACAAUCUUAAAUAUGAGGUUUCUUGAAUGAAAUGACAUUUUUUGAUAAGUUUUAUCAGUAAUCAAAUGUUGAUACUGGUUUAUGUUGUAUUGACAAGUAUCAUGCCUGACAGAUAUCUUGCUAUUUUUGUGGUUGUGUUUCACAUCGCAUUUUAGUAAAAAGACAGUGUUGUUCAUAUAACGUAAGAUAAUUGACUUAGUACUGAUAAGUCAGUAUCACCUUUCAGAUUAUUUAGUAUUCAAUUAUAGAAAGAAUUAAGAAUUUUUAAAACUUUUUUUUAACUUCUAGCGCACAUACAUGUAAUCAAUUUUGCCAGGUUCGCGCCACUUUCCGUCCUAACAGGUGUUGUAUUCUAGCGGUCUUAACAUAAAAUUUAGCCUGGUGACCCAUACAUUUUUAGCCAUUUUUAUGUUCACAAUACAAUUAUCUAUACACAAGAAAAACAGGAAAAAAUUCUAUGAAAGAGUUUUUUCAAAAUUUAAAAAAUAUAUUCUUCACUAUGGGUAUUUUUCAUUGAAAAAAGUUCACAAAAGUAUAUAUGAAACAAUAUUUUGUUUUCAUUUGUACCAAUUACUGUAAGGAUAGAGUAUUACAAAUAUGGCUAUAAUAUCAAAUAAGUAUAUAAUAAAAUUUGUAAAAAGAAAAAAACCUUAUUGUUCUGUCUUGAUGUAUAUUUUGGUUGGUAUUUAUAAAAAAGCAGAAAAUUACGAAAAUGUUGAAAAAUCGCUGGCAGUUUCAGCAACAGUGGGUGUGUUCAAAUCAAUUUUUCACAAAAACGAGCCUGGUGACCUAUUGUUUUUAUUUGUUCAUUGUUUUCAGCACAAAAUUUCAUAUCAUAUAUGUGAAUUUAAAAAAAUUCUAUGAAAGGAAAAAAACUAUAGGAAUUCUCUUUAAAGGGAACAUUUGUUUGAAAGAGCUGACAAUAAUACCAAUUUAUUUAUACUGACAACAGUAGAACGAAAUGGAUUAUCUUAUUUUUCCUUUUUUUUAGAUUGAUAAAUUUCCUAUAAAUUGAUCAUGUAACUGAAUUGCUUUACAAAAUACAAUUUAAAAUAAUAUUGCAUGCAUGGUAUUGUUCAUUAAAAUAACCAUGGAACACGUAUACACGUCUGAGCUAAUUUUUAAAAGGAGUAAAGCUUCAUCCAUACGUUAAUUAUGUUCAAGUGGAUUUCUGGCAAUCCAUAAUUUGACACGAUAAUUUAUAUUGUUUCUUGUUUUUAUAUUGUUUGAAUUUUUCUUUGCCGAAAAUUAUAAAAGAAUAUAAAUACAAAUGUACUAUUCACACUGCUCCAAAUGCAUGUCAAAAAUAAUUGUAUCGAAUCAUAUAUUUGUUGUUGUUUACAUUAAACUCCUUAUUGUCAGUUAUUUUGUGAGUAUAUGUAUAUGUGCAUGUAUUUAUGUUCUACAAAUGUAUAAUGGAUUGUUAUGAAUAUGCGCAUCUGUCUUAUCAUCAGUAUAAUGAUUAUAAAGGAAAUAUGGUUAGUCAAUAUGUAUGUGGGCAAUUUAUACAGGUAUAAUAGCUUGUUCAAACCUCCAAGUUCUUGAUGAAAUUAUGGGAAUAAGGCAGGACAAGUCAUCAUGUGCACACACCUUUUUCGUAAAAUAUUUAGAAGCAUUUAAGCUUUUAAUAUUAUUCUGAUGUGUUGACAAUUUUAAUUGCAAAAACGAAAUAUAGUGUCUUACAUAUUUCAAAGAACUCAGCACGUUUAUUUCAAAUCAAUCGUCACUUUUAACAUAAAGUAAAAAGACUGCCACUCUUGAUUCAUAGAGUUUCAAACUCAAGUACAUUGACGUCAUAUCAAUAAUUUGAAAUCAUUACUUGCUGCAUUUUUGUUUUUAAUCCCAGCAAUCAAAUGAAUUUUUAUCGUAUACACUUGCAUGGUAACAUCGCGUAUUUAUUUCUUUGUUAGGUUGAACUUUAAAUGUAUUUACUUGUUAUGUUCUAAGUUUUAUAAUACUAGUACUGUGUACUUCGGUGGAAUGUAAAAUUACUAAAUGUUUAAUAUUUCUGUAACAAAUUUUACUAAUUAUUGUUUUAAUCAUAUCACUGUUCUAUAUGUCACAUUACGUCUUUAAUAUCAUGUUCCUGUAUGUUUUCAUUUAUAUUAUAUAUACCAAAUUAUCACGGUAAUAAAAUGAUUGUAUAUCUGAAAAAAUCGUCUGAGCAUAAACAUUUAAAAUGUAAUCAACUCAUAUUUCUGUAUAUUCCAUUUUUACUUGUCAAAUCAUUGUAUGUAGUAUAUAAUUUUGUGUCCUUUUAUUAACUCUAAGCUGAUUUCAAAACUGCAGCCUUCAAAUUAAGAAAGUAUAUCAAGGUAUGAGUUAAAAUACUCAAUUAUCCUAAUCCCUGAUAGAAGCCCCUCACAUCACUAUGAAAACCUCUUUACACAGUCCCCAAUUCCAUAAAAUAAUGGUUGUCUUAAAGUUCAAAAUACACGUUAAGACACAAAACCAUAAUCUAAAGUUUUUAUAUUUGUACUAUAUAAAAUUGCAUCACAAACAUGAAACAUGGAUAUCUAUGGUACAAUAUUUAUAUGCAUUUUCAAAUAUAGAGUUGUUAAAAUUCUGUAAUAUUCUGCUUCUCAAAAUAUAAUCACUGUUAAUCACAUGACUUUUAGUUCCCAUUUAGAAACAUCUUUUCUCAUUUUCCUUUUAUUUUUAUAUUCUCACUAUUUCCAUGGAAUACAUUUCAAUAACUGACUGUUACAAACACGUUCUCUUCACAAUCAAAAUAUAAUCACUGAUAACCACAUGACUUGUAGUUCCCAUUUUAACAUCUCUCCUCUUAUUCCUUUUAUUUUAUAUGCUUACUCAUUCCUUGGAAUAUAUUUCUAUAAAUGACUGUUUCAAAACACGUUCUCUUCACAAUCAAAAUAUAAUCACUGAUAAUCACAUGACUUUUAGUUCUCAUUUAGAAACACAGCUUCUUAUUGAAAACCGAAACUGAAUUACAUUCAACUCUUUCAAAAGCAAACUCAGUGCCAACAAACCCAUGGUUCCCUCUCAUUACUACAUUGGCAAUCGUAAGCACCAAAUUCUACACACUCGUCUCAGAACUCAUUGCAGCACCUUAAACGAACAUCUAUUUCCAAAAAACAUAAUCACCAGUCCUCUAUGUGAAUGUGGCCAAACCGAAAGUACUCACCAUUGCUUCUUUGAUUGCCAUUUCUAUCGCCAACAACGCACUAUACUCUUCAAUCACAUUCUAAACCUCACCACACCUUCUCUGUCUACACUUCUAUUUGGAGACCCAAACCUCUCAGAUGAUUCAAAUAGUGAAAUCUUCGCACAUGUGCAUAAUUACAUCAGAACAACCAAGCGUUUUGAUACAUAGCAUUCCUCUUUGUACAUACUACAUCAUACAAUAAACUAUUAAUUAUUGGAUAUUAUGUAUCAUCUUGCUCACUUUUUCCAUGCUGAUAAUUUUAGAACCAACCGCACUUCGUGUACGUGACCAUAUCUCUAUAUUUAUCUACCUCUAUCUCCGCUACACUCUCAUUUCUACCCUUUUUACUUCCUUCAUACAUCUCUUAGUCAUAAACCAAUGUAAGGAAUACCUACUGUUUCUUAGCACGUUUAAAUAUAUGCAGUUACUACAUUACCAUUUUAAAACAAACAACAUGAGAUACAUAGUUGUCUAGCUUUGGUAAUGUAUUAUUGAUAUUGCAUGUUUCAUUUGCAUGUUUUCCAUAGUUUAUAAAUACUUUAUUUUCUAAGUUACUAGCUAUCCCUGCUAUCUAUAAGGAAAGAGUUUCUAAAUAGGCUUAGCUUCCUACUCAAUCCUUGAUUUGUGUAAAUAUAUGUUUGCUGUAUACCUGCUGGAAAAUAAAUAUUGUUUCAACCAAUAUCAUAUUACUGAUUUAAGUUGUAUAAUUACAGUUUUUGUUAUCUGCAAACGUUUGGGACAAAGACCAUAACUUUAAAAUUUGUUUCUACUUGAGCUUGAGGAAAUACCAAAAAUUGUACAAAAUUUAUAAAUAACGGCAUGGUAAAACUUUUUUUUAAAAUUUGCAACACAGUGCGAAGCACGGUCAACUGUAAGAAUAUACCAAGCAAAUGCCAUUUUUAAAACAUUACUAUUAGGGGUCUAAUACCUUAAUGUCAUAUAAUGUGUUUUAAUGUUGUUAUGUUACUCUAAGUUGUUAAAUAUCGUAUUACUCAUGUUUUUAUGUAACGAAAGGCAGUAACAUUUACAAGAUACAAUAACUUAUAGAUGUUUCAAAAAUAUGACACAUACCUAUUUCAAAAAGGAUUUUGUUAACUCACUAAUGGAAACAACUGAUACAAUAACAGUUCUAAACUGAUGCCUUUGAGUAAUUAUAUAACGUAUUGAAUAACACACUUCUUAAAAAAUCAAUGACCAAAGACAUUGUUUUCGUAAAGGUAAAUCCUUCUAUAAUUACAAUAAAACAAGAAAUAAAGUGUCAUAUUUGAAAAAAUAAAUAAAUAAAAAAGUACUUAUCACAAUACAUUUGAUAAAAUACCAAAUGCCCUAAUGCUAUUUUGAAAAGUUUGAAUUUUAUGUCUAACAUAGAUAACUAUUUUAAACACAUUUGAAAUUCGAAAGGGUGUAGUUGACUUGGAGCUUAACAUCUUAAAUGCCAUUAACAAACAUUUUAUAAAUAUUUCAGAUAAAAAUUAAAAAAUCUUGUCGUCCAUGAUAUAAUACCACAUAAACUCGAGUUUUAUCACUUCACAUAUAAUUUUUUGAAUUCAUUUGAAUCAAAUCUACCGGAAAAAAACCGGAGCUAGUUACAUUUAGAAAAUGUAUACUUUCUACAAAGAUACUUGUAAAGUCCGAUGUACCACAUUGCAUCAACUCUAGGGCCGUUAGUAUUCUUAUAUAUAUAAAAAAAUAAUACUUAUUUUAGGCACUAUACAUAUAUACGUGAACGCGGAUGAAUUCAAUGUUUAUAAAUCUAUCAUUUUAGUAAAACAGCAAGAGCUCAGUAGUAAUUUUAUCUUCAUCAACAUACGUUCCGAAAUUUAUGAUAUGACAUUGCAUCCGGAAAAAAGUGAAAUAAAUUAUUUUAAAAAUACUUACAAAAUUAUGCAUGCAAGAAAUCUUGAACCCUUUACCAAUUGAAUAGCCAAGUCUAAAAAACUUAGAAAUGCUGAGAUAAAACUUUAACAUGGCAUAUUAAAGUUUGCAUUUAAUGAUACGAACAAACUUAAAUCAACAAUAUACUUUUGAAAAUAAUUUCUUACUUUUUGACCGCUGAUAUAUUAUGCUAACCAUAUUUUUUAUUGAUGUAAGGAGUCUUGCCUGCAAAUCAGAUACUGAUAAAAUCAUAAUAAACAAAGGAAGGGAGUUCGUGUAAUAACGAACAAAUGUAGCAAACAGCGUAUUUAAAAAAUCUUCAUCGUCUUUUUGAAACAAAUGCUAUUAUCACUUGGGUGUACAGGUUUUAGAAUGUGACCUUGACCUUGUACAUAUCCUAAUUCAAAGGUUAAAUAUCAAUAUUAAAUACCAUGUUAUGAUAUUUACUCUUUUUGGGAAACAAUUUUUGAACAGCAAGCUAUUGUUGUCAAGACAUGUACACAAGCAAAACGAUUAAUUAGGCAAUGCUUUAGGCAGUUUCGAUAGUGUCGGCCAUUUAUUUCAAGCUUAACAUUGUUGCGGGUAUCAUACCUGUCAACAGGAGAAAUUGUUUUAAAUUAUACUACAGAUAGACGGUUUGAUAUCUUAAU